UCUAAAAGCAACAAUCUCAAUUUUUAGUUGAGAUUGUAUAAUGCAUCAUUUUUUGUGAUUGUUGGUGGGACCUACCUAAAAUAAUGCAUGCAUUAUUUUACACUUUGACACUUCCAAACAUUAUACUGUGCACAAUAUAUGUAUUCAACAAACACAACUCUAACAAUCACAACUUCCAAACGACCCCUUAAUGUUGGGAUGAAUAGCUUUGAAAAGCUAUAAAUGAAAUUCCUAAUUAAUUAUCCAGUAUUUUCCCAUAAUACAUAAAUAAGAUGGAUAAUUAAUAAAGGGAAUAUUAUGGAGAUAAUUAGGAAUAAUUAUCUUAAUAGAUUAUAUUUUAAUUAUGGGAGUAAUUAUCUCCCUAAUUAAAAUAUGACUUAUUCCCAAAGAAAGAGGGAAUAUUCUGGGUUUUCUGCUCCUAUAAAUAGGAGACGCCCCAGACCCUUUAAAGACACCUCAGAGAGCAGAAACACGAGAUAAAUAGUGAGUUCAUAGAGAUCCGGUUUUCGCACAAAACCGAUGGCAACAAAAUUAGAGUGGCUGUUUUAUCCUGGAGGCGACCGGCUGAUAGUCUGAUGUGCGCAAUACGAGGCAGUGCCGCGAACGUCUUAAAGAGAGCGACCUAGUCCGCGACUCAACCAGAUCGGUAACCCUAAUUUUUCUGUUUGAUUUCUAACAAUUUUAAGACGCUUGGUUGCUGUCAUGUGUAUCAAACAGGUUAUCGAUUUUGGCUCGAUCGAUCUUGUUCCAUGCCGCUCCGAGAAAGGUGCAACUUUGUCCACGAUGCAUCACACUUAUUUUUGCUCCCACCGAUCGGAAACACUCGUCGUUAGCGCCACGCUCAAAUUUCUGUUGCAGCCGUCGUAACUUAGAUGAGUUUUAUAUAGAAGGGGCAUGUGUUUCGGUUGCGACAGUGAAUUAUCAUGUUGAACGUGUCUUCACUAACCCUUCUGUACGUGAGUUCCGAUUGUUUUAUGAAUUAGUGGACUGGUGGAGUGAUAGCAUCGUUAUCACAAGAAGAAGGUGAUGCUGUGGAUAUGAAGCUCCGGUGGCGUCCGAAGCUUUGCCUUGGACGAGCUGAAACUGGGCACCUGGGAUUUCCGCAUCCGAAUCCGCGUCGGGCCCGCCCACCUCUUACAGUUAGUUACAUGGCGGAGCUGUGGGGAUGGCAAGUUCGGGGCGCACAAGCGGUUCAUCGAUGACCGAGGCGGCAGUCGCAAGAUCUUCAAACCUAAGCUCGCCCUUCUCCGUGGGGGAGCAAUCUGGUUUCCGGAUCCGGCCCACGGAAACAGGAGCCGGUUGGGGAAUGGUGGUUUGGGAGAAUGAAUGGGCCAGGGCAAUGAAACAAAGCCACGGGUCCAUUUAGUUUGCUUUGUAAAAUUAAAUCCCAUGGAGAAGUGGAUGUGUGUCCUUGUCCAAUUAAUUCCGGUUGAGAUGUCUCGCAUGGAAUUAAAUAGACCUAGGCAGCAAGUCUCAGGUGUACCCGCCGAUUCUUAUCUCUAAAACACAAUAUCUUUGUCAAUAAUUUUUAACUGGCCUUGAUGGCGAAAACCACUUUGUUGUUCUUCUUCGCAAACCUCAUUUUCCCUCUCUUCAUAAUCACCUCACUAAACGUCUCCCCAAUUUUAAAUGUUGUUUGUAUAUACCCGCCGUACGGCAUCGACUUCCCCGGCGGAUUAGCCACCGGAAGGUACACCAACGGCAAGAACGUCGUCGAUUUCAUCACCGACCAGCUCGGCAUCCCCUCGCUACCGCCGUCCCGGGACCCUUCCACCGCCGGUCAUAGUCCGCGGCGUCGACUUCGCCUCCGGUGGGUCGGGGAUCCUCGACGAGACCGGCGCUAUCACGUUAGAGCAGAAUUGGCGUCGCCGUUGUCUCUUCGUCGAAAGAGGGAAUGAAGGGGUUUUCUGCAAUGGCGGAGCUGCUGCCAUUGGUUCCAAGACCGCCCCUGCGACGCUGCCUUCGGUGAUUCCGGUAAAUACUUCUAUUUAUGUGUUCUUACUUCUCAGGUCUGUAACUUUCCUAGAUCUGUAUUCCGUCGCUCCUAUCCUCAAUCGGUAUAUACCAUCCAAAAAGAGCUAGACAGCUCGGGAGAUGAACAAAACAAUUUUACAUAAUCCGUAUUACUAUCUUAGUAUCUUUCGGGUUGAGUAUUAUAGUUCACCUCUGUGGAACUCGGUUCUUGCCAUAAGGCUAUAUUGUUCCCAGUGGAAAAUCUAUUAUCGGGACUCCUAGAGUAAGCAUGGAAUCGGAGGGACUCUAAACCUCUUCCGGCAAGAUUCACCCCUGUAUGAAAUCUUCGCAUGUGUGACCAACAGAUUGGUGGAUCACCCUCUGUCCCUUGCCGGAUUUUUUUUCUGGUGAUCGGAUUUCAUUUCGCCGGCGAUAUUUUCUAUUAUUAUUCCUUUAAUUGAGGUAACUGCCCCGAAAUCAUAGUCUUUCCCUUUUGAAUUCAAUAUUAAAUACAUAAUUAUGUCUCUUCCCGCAUGCAUUGAAUUCAAUCUUAUUCAUUUCCAUUAAUUGGGGUUACUCAUUUUCAAAUUAGCAUUUAUCAAAUUUUUACCUUUUAUAAUGAAUUUGUUAAUUAAUAUUUCCAUUAAUUGUGUGCUUCUAACGACAACUCGGUACAUGCAGGUAUAUCACUUAUGGGUUUAGUAAUCACUUUAUCUCAAGUCGGUUACAAGGCUUUAUGGCCAGAAACGGCUAGUGCCGGAAAAGCCUUAAUUGUGCUUUCAAAUCGUCUCCUUAAUGACGAGCUAGAGUGUUUUAAAACUCUAAUAAAGAGAUUCUUUCGCCAGCAUAAUGGGGCGUAUUCAAAGGGCUCCCGCAAAUAAAUAUGCUCCCAAGGCCUAAUCAAUGCAAUCAUCCAACAAUUUGAUACUAGAACAGAUUGGCCAGCAAUUGAGUCAAUUCGGUAAUUAUACAUCAUGGCCGGCAACAGAUUCUGCCAAAAAGCUUUUAAUGGUCAUCACUUUAAUGAGUUUAUGUGCAUUUGACUAUCCAAAACCUCAGUAAGGGAGGAUUCUAACCGUUUCAGACUAUGGUUGAAAUCGGCCCUUCAAACUCGUGGAGUAAACUGCCUUAACCGAUGCCCUGUCUGCUGGAGACAUCGAGAAAGCAUUGAACAUUUAUUCUUCAGAUGCCCCCUAGCCAUUAGAUUGUGGACUUUAGUGGGAUUGAGCAACUUUAUUGAGACCGCCCAGACUGUUAACUUUAGUCUAUGGUGGCGACAUGUCAUAGUCUCUGAGACCGCCCCAUUCCACAUUCUCCAAUGCGUUUGUUUACUUUGGAGAAUCUGGAAGUCUAGAAAUAAAGUGACUUUCGAAUUUUACCAACCUCAUGUCCGUUCUCUAGCCAGCCAGUUCUACAACCAGGUCCUCGAAGUCUCCUAUCUUCUCCUUCCUCCUCCACCCCGCAUUUCUACUCCCAAACCUUCCUGCCACCUCUUGGGUCCCUCCUCCAGAAGAAUUUUUGAAGAUCAACUUCGACGCUGCUAUUUGUGCCACUGUGUGUUCGUCUGGGCUUGUUAUCCGUGGGUCAGACGGGCAUGUGGUGUUGGCGGUCGGGCUGCAGCUUCAAGUAAUAGUCAAUCCUUACCUGCUAGAGCUUCUAGCCUUUAGAGAUGUUAUCUCCAUCGUAGCCUCAAGAUACUUGACCAGCGUGAUAGUCGAAGGUGAUUCCGAAGUGGUCGUCAAACAACUUCGUCAAGGCGUAAUAGAAGACUCAAUUGGUGGUCCGGUGUUACGAGAGUGUCUUCAGAUCCUUAGCUCUUUGUCUGUUUAUAUAGAGUUUAGGGCGGUACCUAGAUCCGCCUACAGUGCUGCCCAUAGAGUGGCACGUAAAGCACUACUUUUGUCUCGUUUAGAGGUAGAAUCUUUUGAUAUUUUGGGAUGGAUUCUUUAGAGUCUUUUAGGGGACCUGGGUAGAAUUGUAAGUUUAACUAUUUUCCUCUUUUGAUAUCACUCAGAAAAAAAAAAAAGACCUAGGCAGCUAUGGUCAUUACUUAUCGGCAGGUUGGGAUAAUGUUUACCUUGUCGUGAAAGUAUAGGAAUGCCAGGGAGAGGAGAUGCGAGCAGAUGGAUAAAAGGUUGGAAUAAUCCGCAACAGAUAUAUAAAGAAAGCCCGCCCUGAUGAUCUGGAGCCAGGAUUGGUUGGUACUGGCUAUUCGAUCCAAAGUAAGAAAGCAAUGACCUCUUGAGAAGAGGUAAGAACCCAAACAUUAUUUAUGAGUCAUUAAUAAAUGACAAAUUUCAAUCUAUGACAUAUGAUUCUAUGCACGGAAUUGAGGAUCUCGAGAAUGCUAGAGAAUCUAGAUUUGAUGCAUGAUUAUUGAGAUGUGCUUUCCUCGAUGAUUAGAGUAUAAAUUUGAAUGCAUGCUGCAGAAUAGAGUAAUUUUGUUUACAUGAGUGUGUGUGAAGAAUAUAUGGGAAUAGAAUGGGUUAAUUGCCCCAUAGUGACGAUAUUGUAAGAAGUACUGUUGUCAGUACUAGAUGAACCAUUGGGGUUGCUCUGAAACAUUAAUGUUUCAAGAACGAGAGCAUCAAGCCGAACCAGAUCCACACCAAAUAGAAUGGUACCCUUCGUGGUAACCAUAAGAUUGCCACUCAAUCCUCAAAGAAUGACGCUAUGUUUCUCAAUUAAAUUUGAGAAAAACUAGGUCAGAUGACACGAAAGUGUUAGAGCAAGUUUAACAUAGUAUUGUGUUAACUUGAUUAAAGAAGAGGAUUUGGCAAUAAUAAUUGCUUAGGUGAUGACAGAGGUUAGCCUUAAUGGUAACUCUGGAGAAUGGUUGUUGGAUACUAGCGCCCCAAGGCAUGUCUGUGAUAGAUGAUCUAAGAUAGAUUCUUUUUUGGGACGUGUGUGUCCUUGUAAAGAAUUAGAAUAUCUAAAGUCACAUUCCCAUAUUAUUUUCGAACGCUUGGGAUAAAUAAAAUUUUGUAUCCAAGCAAAAUGACCCAUAAAAUAUGUGGUUAGAGAAUCAGAAUCAAUAGAUCUGAUUUAUGUUGAUAUGGGUAAACUUGAUGGAAAAGACAAUAAAUAAUUUAUUGCUCUUUAGAGUGCUCUGAUUGUCUAACUAGUUAUUCGAAAUAGUUUGAAAUGCCUAGUUGCAUUAUGAUUGCACUGAUUAUUCGAUAUGUGGCAUGCAUGUGGUAGCAUUAGAGAAUCAGUGACAUGAUAACUAGAAGAGCAUAUGAGUGUGUAAGUUAUUGUAAAACACAUAAGCCUAUGAAACGAAAUACUCAUUAGUUUGUGAAAACCAUUGAUAUCAAUAGAUUCCAUUUAUAUUAAGAAAUAGUGGGGGUGAUAUCCUGCCCACUAUUAGAAAUCAUGGAUAACUAGUGGGGGUGAUGAAUCUGAGUAUGAACUCAGAAGAGACAAAUGAACCAUAAAUCACGAAAGGAUUUUGGUUAUGAAUUUGUUAUUUACACCCUAAGAAAGAAAGAUCCUACAAGUCUGCUAGAAGUUUGAACUUCCAUAAAGAUGCAGAAUUGUGGGAGAAUCCAUUAUUAACGAAAUGGAAUUAUUGGAGUCUAAUAAGACUUAAAAUCUUUUAGAGUUACCUCUUGGUUGAAAAGCCUUGGGUAAUAUAUCGAUAGAAUCCAACAAGAUUUGGCAUCUUUGAGAAUUACUUCUUGGAAAUUAAGUCAUGGGUAAUAAAUGGAUUCUUAAAAGAAAAGUGAAACCUAUUGGUUUAGUUUAUGAGUAUAAGAAUCGCCUAAUAGCUAAGGCUUUAAGCAAAAAAGGAAAAAUUGAAAAUUUUCUUGUUAUCUAUUCACCAUAUGUAGAAUAACAUCCAUGUAUGUUCUGAUUGCUAGUGUUGUGCGCCAGAUGGAUUCUUAAACAUGUUUCUGUGAAUGGUGAUUUAGAUAGGAAAAUCUACAUGGGACAACCUAUAAGGUUGUUAUUCCUGAACAUGCUUUUAGAGUCUAUGGUUAGACAAAUCAUUGUAAGAUUUGAAAAUGACUAAAAAACAAUGACCUGAAAAAUCAGAUUCUCUCUCAUGGUUUUAAGAAUGACAAGUGCAUUUAGUACAACUUUGAGAAUGACACUUGCAUUGUGAAUGACACAUAGAUCUUUGGUACAAAGACUUGCGAUGUCAAUAUUGAAAAACCAUGAUGGUUGAGAAUUUUGAAUGUGAAGGAUCUAAAUGAAACAAAUGUUAUGCUUAGAGAUCCUAAUAACUAGGAAAAUACAAGAUGUACACCUGCAUACAUGUUUGAUGAUGCUAGUAUAAAUAUUUAAAGAACACCUAAGACGGUGUAAGAAAGUUAGAAUGUACUAGCAUUUACAGUCUGCGAGAGGCAGCCAAUAAACAUAAGACCCGAUUUAGUGGGGGGUACUUGGCAGGCUUAUUGAUUGUCGUAGUAUGAAGCAUUGAAAUGCUAUUGAAAAGGGUCAUGAGACACCUUAAGUGAGCAGUAGGCCUUGAUAUAUGUCAUCAAUGGUUUCUUGCUGUAUUGGUAGGGUAUAGUGAUGCGGAUUAGAAUACGCUAUAGAGGACUCCAAGACAACAAGAGGAUGUGUUUUAAACAUCGAUAGAGAAGUGAUAGACCAAUAAUUACACGUAUUUUCACCCCUAUUCUUGAGCCGUUUGAGAGGUUGAUUCUCGGGGUUUAAGCCGAUUUCACGCGAGGUUGUGUGUUUAUGUCAUGUUUCAGGACCCGGCGUUGGAAUCGAGGCGAAGGAACGAGAUUCGGGUCGAAAGGAACAAGUGAGGCUUGAAGCGGGCUGAAGGAAGAAAAUACCCGGCCAUAACCACAAAUACCCGGCCGGGUAUUAUUCCGAGGAGACCGGGAAAUUUCCUUUUUGGCGUCUGAGAAGCAGAGGGGGGCCCGGUCGUGAGGCUUAAAUCCCCGGUCGGGGAUUAUUGGAGCAGACCGGGGAUUUUCCCCUGGCAUGAAACGUGCGUUUUGAUAAUACCCUGUCGAGACCCAAAAUACCCGACCGGGUAUUUCGAACGGGUAUCGCGACAGGCAGCUGUUUUAAGGGAAAAGAGGGCUGAAAAUCAAGGGAUUGGAGUUUUUGAGAGAGAGAACGAUUCCUAGAGAGAGAAAGCGACGAACAAGAGUCUCCAAGUGCCCUAGAUUGAUCUUCAACACCAUUGGAGGCCAGUUUGAGCUUGGAGAAGUGCCAAUCAACGUCCAGGAGCAGGAAUCCAUCCUUCACAGUAUGAAUUCCGCGUCUGAUUCUGCUUUUGCUUCUUUCUCCAUGGAGUAGUUCUCCCAUUCAUCUGGGUAUGGAGAACCCUAGAUUUGUAUGUUAGGCUUUGAUUGUAUGAACCCAAGUACUGAUUCUAUGAUUGAUUAUAUUCGAUUGAGGUUUGAAUGAUUGAAUGACUUGAAUCCUGAUCAAAUUCCUGUUGUUUCUGCUUUGAUCUAGAAUGAGAAUAUCUGCCUAGGUUGAUAGAGCGUCCUUGAUUGAAGGUAGGGAGUUGGUGACUUUAGUCGAGGAGCCAACUCACUAUUCUGUACCGGAUUUACUCCGGUAGUGGAGGUUUUGUUUGUUAAGGCCUCAAUCUGUUUACUCCGGUGGAGGUUAGUCGCCCGCUAGAGACUCAGAUUGAGAGGGUCUGAAGACCUUUAGUCGAGACUUCAGGCUGUUUAAGAACCUUCCGCAGUAUAACUAUCAUAGAAACUGAACUUGGUAAUUACAAUCCGGCUUAACUGCAGUCUAGGGGGAACCAUAUCCAGGUGACCUCUCUUAACCUGAAUACAACCAUUUACUUGCUUUGUUAGUUUGUUAGUUUAGACUUGCAUUAAAGUUUCAUUGCUAGAUAACAAGAAUUCACUGAGUAGUCAUCAAAUCUAGGACCCAGGUUGAUAAUUAAACCCAAACCCGCUAUACUACGCUUUAGGAAGUGGUUACACUUGGCCAAUUCCUAGGGUGACAGUAGAAGUGAGUCAAUAAGCUAUGUCUUGGAAGUCUAAGAAGUAAACGAUCCUGGCUCAAUCAACUAAGAAAUCAGAAAUGAUAGAGCUAGCGAUUGCUAGUAAAGAGAAAAGUUGAUUGAGAGGGUCAUUACUAGAGAUUCCCUUAUGGGAAAGACCCUCCCUCCGGUAGUUGAUUCAUUGUGAUAGCGCCGCAGCUAUUACUAAAGAAGGGAACAAGUUCUAGAACGAAAAGAGACGACAAAUUUGUCGUAAGCACAGUACUGUAAGAGAACUCCUAACGAUAGGAGCAAUGAGGGUGGAUCCUGUAAGGUCCUAACAGAAUCUAGCUGAUCCUUUGACGAAAGGAUUAUCUAGAGAGAAAGUCCAAAGUACCGCCAAGGGUAUGAGACUUAUGCCUACCAAACCACGGACUACAAGUGAUGGUAACCCGACCCAAUAGACUGGAGAUCCCAAGAAAUGGGUUCAAUGGGUAAUAACAAGUCAUGAGUAGUAUGCAAAAAGUUCAUGCAUAGUGAAGCAUGAAUCCCAAAGCCUUGGAGGUUGAGUUAAACUCUUAAUGAGAUCUAUACUCUAUGUGGAGUGAAGUACUUUACUUUGGGGGUACUUCUGAUAGACUCACCUAUGUGAAUGUGGGAGUGGGGCCGCUCCCUAUGGAACUUUGGAGGCACAAAGUUGCUAGAGCGUUCACUAAACCGGGAUAACGUGCAUGGCCAUAAACGCACGGCCUAUGAGAGAAUAUCACUCAAUGAAAAGAUCCGGUGUGCUACAUUGUCUGAGAUAGGGUUCAAGACUACGAGUCACCCUUAUGAAAUCGGAAGUGUAACCACUACGCUAAGGUUCAAAUCUUCGCGAUACCUUAGCUUAUGCCCGAUCUUAUGGAACUGUUAUCUCAGAAAUAGUUUCAAAACUAUUCAAGUGGGGGAUUGUUGGGAUGAAUAGCUUUGAAAAGCUAUAAAUGAAAUUCCUAAUUAAUU